CUCACCCCUCUGCUUAUUCAACCCAGAAGGUGUAACACUGUUGGUGAUGCGCGGAGACGAUACCCGGCGGAAUUGAGCCCGCUGGAGAGUAAGUGGGGGAAGAGGUGGAGACACAUUAACGAGGCGAGCAAGGCCGCCAUGUUGAGUCACUCUCGUUAAUUUUUGUGCAGAGGCAUCGCGAAUUUUUUCCCCGGUCCGCGCGCUCUCGGAAGGUAGCCGCGCUCAAGGUUGUGUGCCCGGGCGCGCAUCGCGGCCGCGGUAAAUCGUUCGGCCAGCGGAUCCCCACCUUUCCUUCCCUUUCCCUCGGUUUGCCGGUUAUCCCGCGUUCGGUCGCGCACGCAACUGUCUUUCUCUCUUCCCUCAUGCUUUCCUCGUACCCAGUAUCAGCGGCACUCUGUAAAGCCUUGUGCCCACGAUGUUAGAAAUCGGUCCGAAAUCUCGAGCCGAGAAUUGCGGCUAGUCAACUUGCAGCUUUGCCGUAAGAGCGUAAGUUGAUUGGCCGCAUAAUUCUCGGGCCGAGAUCUCGAACCGAUUUCUAGCAUCGUCGACGCAAGGAUGCGAACGUCGAGUCCAAUGAGUAAUAUCGAGAGGAGGAAGAGGGGAGUCCAGAAGUCCGACUCGCAUGUCCGCUGCACCGCACGAAUUCGUGUCUAUCUUCGACUUCGUAGAUUGACCGCGGUCGAAAGAAUGGAGGCCAUGGAUGACGGAGACUCGGUAGUGGAUCUGAGUAUCAGCAGCAGCGGCAGGCGCAAUUCUCCGUCUCUUCCCGUAAAUUCUGACAUCCCGUUAGAUUUAGGCGUUCACUUUUCCGCCAGUUCUAACUUGGAAAACAACAUGCCGGAAGCUCGUAACAUACAGAACGCAGCACGGGGUAUUCUGCCUCUCAAACGGCCACAUGGCGACGAUCGCAAGCCACGUCGUAAUCUUAGACCUAGAAUCGAAAGAAGCUAUGCCGAGAGCCCUGAUGAACCCAGAAUGAAUGGAUAUUUAAACGGAAAUGCAUCGGACAGUGAUGAAGGUGACAUGCCUCCGUUGCUACCGAUCAAGGAACUCUCAUCUGAUGAGUUGGCUGAACGAGAGAGGACACUCAGGAAGUACAGGGAGGAACUCAAGUCGGAGGAAAUGAAACUGGUGCUUCUGAAGAAGAUACGUCAAUCCCAACAAUUAAAGGAGAACAUCGCGGCGGUGCCAAAAGUGCCCAGCAAACUACCGCCAUCGGUAACGGUUCAGCAGGUGCCGCACAGAACGGGGAAACCGCCGCCACCUUUACUCAGAGGUCAACCUGCACCAAGUAGAAGUAGUAGUUUACAUGCUCCACCGCCUAGCUUGGUAUUACCACCGACAGCUGGUCGCAAUACCAUUUCCAGCACGGGAAUGCCUCCGAACAUGGUGAUACCGCAACCACCUCAUCCUCGGGGGAGACCACCUAGUGUAGCCGCGGCGACCGUGUCAAGCUAUCACGCGCCGACGGACAGAACGGAGAGAUCCACGAAAGACCCCACACCAGCCCCAGCGCAUCAAGUAAGUAAGCUGCUUGCUGGAUCACAAGAAAAUAAAGCCACUGCAUCCUUAAGCACACCUGUGAAUUCGGAACAGGAGAGAACAACGCGAGACGAGACACCCGCUCAACGUCAAGCUGCUGCCAAGUUAGCUCUCAGAAAGCAGCUCGAGAAAACGUUACUGCAAAUACCACCGCCGAAGCCACCGCCCCCGGAGAUGCACUUCGUCCCGAAUCCUUCCAACACGGAAUUCAUAUAUUUGGUUGGUCUGGAACACGUGGUUGAUUUUAUAACGAAGGAGCCAGCUGUACCGCCACCACCCGAGCCGUUUGAGUGCUCGCAGUGCAAAACUGAUUUUACACCUGUGUGGAAAUGGGAAAAACCUAUGCCUGGUGGUAAAAAGGACAGUCCCAGGGGGCAACAUGCAACCUUCCAACGACCAUCAGCCGGUCGUGAUCCCAGAGUCAUAUGCGAGCAUUGUGUGACGACUAAUGUGAAAAAGGCAUUGAAGGCAGAGCACACUAACCGAUUAAAGACUGCUUUUGUGAAAGCGCUACAACAAGAACAAGAGAUAGAACAAAGGCUAGCGCAGACGGCGUGUCCGAGUCCAGAUCCUCCAGCCCCGAAACCAGUUCCUAAAGCAGCUACUCCCACAAGAAGAGUGGCCACGCCGCCUGCACCACCACCGCAGGUACCGCCGGCACCCACGUUAACGCCGACACCACCAGCGCCGAAAUUGCAGGAGCAUCCUUUGGUGAAGCUGGCUGAAAGCGGAAAAUUCAGCCCGCAUCACGCCGCUGCUGCAGCAGCCUUGCAGCAACAAUUGCUCAGAGAACUAGCAAAGAAUCCAGUGCCGGGUAUACCGCAUCAACCUCUUCCCGCUCAUAUGAUGCCUCAUUUUACCUCGAUAUUGUAUCCCUAUCAAUUAGCAAUGGCACAGGCUGCCGGCAGCAAAGGCCUUGUAGAGUUACAACGACAAGCGGCGGAUAUACAACGUCAGUAUCUGCUCGACAUGAUUCCGUCGCAAGCAUCCCAAGCACAAGGCAAUCAAGCACCACCGAGAGCUCACCCGCACAACUGGAAAACGUAACCGGACGCAUUUAAAGGAUGACACGAUAGUAAAUGCGGAUAAAGAUAAAAAACAGUGAACACAUGUGAUGGAAGACGGAACAGCACGUGAUUCCCAGGUGUGUGCGUGUUUCGUUCCCAGAAAGGGAACGUCGGCGGAGUGUGCGAUUGGUCGUAUGCAUUUUUGAACGUUACGCCAAUCGCAGCGUUCAGUAUCUCGGUUAAGAUGAAGCUCAAGUUGAUGCGUUGGGGGAGGCGGAUUCGUUAGUACUGUAUAAAGAGUAAAUAAUCGUUGUGAAUAUGUCAAUUGACGUGUAUGUUUAAUGAUUUUAUUGUUAUCUAAAGGGUCGAGAUUUCAUUUCCGUCAUUGAGCAUACAUUUUUAACACUUGAAUAUGAAUAUUUGAUUAUUCAGAGAACAACAGAAGAAUGACAUUUUAAAAUCGCGAUUGUACGUUUCCGCAUGAUGAAAUUUUCACACAAUAUAUUAUUAUUAUUUUUCAUUGUCCACCGAGUCCACAAAUAAUCUAAGUGUAUCGACGACAGCGUAUUAUUACAUGAAUGCAAUCGCUUGAAUUAUUGCACACGGUUACUUGACUGGCUGUUGAUGAACGAGCGGAUCGUCUCGCCAUUAUUUUUUUUUUCUUUUUUCCAUUUCGUCUACAUCGUAUGCUCCACACGGAAGCGAGUUUUUCUAUCUUUUAUUUUUCUAGCUUUUAUUGAAUAAUUAAUUAAAAUCAAUAAAACGUCUCCAUUUAUGAAUUUUUACUCAUCUUCUCUCUUUCAUUUUUUUACUUAUUUAUUUAUAACAAAAUUAGUGAUAUUUAGCGAAAUUGUGAAAUGGGAACGCUCGUUCGUGCAACAUCGCAAGUCCAGUAGCUCUGUUUUACAAUAUAAUAUAAAGAACCAAAUAGACAUUUGCAAGGCACUAAGUAAACCAAUAAUAAAUGUAAAGUGAUUUACGAAAGUGGGAUAAUUAAUGCAAUAUGUGUUGUAAAGAUAACCGCAGACGAGGAGGCGAGUGCGAUGCAAGAUUAGGAAGUUGAUGGAAAAAAGGAUCUUCUUAGGCCCUUAGAUUGAUAGUUAAGUCGAUUUUUGCCGUUGAUCUCGAGGAGUCUUGCGAUCAUCGGCAGUACCUGUACUAUCUGUAUAUCUCAUUAUUUUCUCCGAACUGUAUUUUUAAGACGAGUUAAACACAGGAUAGGGUUGUAGGUAAGAGGAAAAACGAAAGAAGACGAUCUUUGUAAAAGAAAAGUACGAUAUGUACGUGUGAGUGAUAAAGCAUGUGAGGUGUAUAGCAAUUUUUUUUCUCUCGAUACGCAAGGUGUAGUAUGAUUUUUUAAUGGGAUGACACGAGUGUCACUCGCGCACAAGUAUUCUCCUAUCGAAAUUGUUAAGUCGCGCAUCAAAUCGAAUCGAAUCGAAUUCGCACGUGCCCCGCAGAACGAUGUGCGAGGUAUACGCGAGAUUUGACUUGCGCCUUCGUUGAACACUGAAAAUAAAAGACUCGGACGAAAAUGGUGAGGAUAAUCACGGAAUUCGUCUUUUAAUGCAGCGCGAUUGAUUUCACGUCACAUUCGAUGUAAAAGUAUUUAAAGCUCCUAUUAGAGAGGGAAAUACGUAAUCGAGAUUUUGCGAAUUGUUAUGAGAUGGCGACCGCCGGAUUCUUACGACGUCCUUUAUAAAUCUGCACUUAAACGAGUUAAACGUAUCCGGCACUUAUCCCAGCAAUACUAUUAAUUAUCAAUACAGCCCCUUCUCCCCUUCUCCGCCUCUGAUAGUCUGAUUUCAUUCUGGGCUAAUCGAUCUUGGUCAUACAUUUUCGAAUCAAUUAAAUAUAUAGUACUAUAGUCUUGAUAUUUCUUGGUAUAUGAUACAACUUAAUAAACUAAAAUAGUGCAUAAUCGUCUCUCUUUGUAUUACAUGAUAGAUUUUGAACUCGUACUUGAUAUACAUGUACACCGUAAUAAGUCUACGAUCGCAUAAUAGAUCAAGAUCUGUGUUUUUUGUGUAAGAGAAACCGUAAUAAUGUUGUCAACUAAUUGCUGUCAUCGAGGCACUACCGUCGUCGUUUUCCUAAGACGAAAACCAGGUGCGAAAUAUAAUGACAAUGUGAAGGAGGAGAGAAUAUAGACACAAUAUAUCUUAGAAGCUUGAAUGUAUUUCCCCAAGAGAGAAUGGAGCAAUAUUUUGUAUAAUUUUGAUAAUUGAAGAAUUUAUUUCUGAACCAUCUUAAAUAAAACAGAGGUUGAAAAGAUUUAAAGUUACAAAAUUAUAAAGAUUUAUGUAUGUGUGUAAAAAUUAAUAUAUUAAUAUACAAUUAAUCUUUUGUUAAACAUUUCAUAUUAUACAUAGCAGUGUAUGUAUAAUAUUUUUUCUAUAUUUUAAUUUAGCAAUUAUAAUUGAUAGUAACGGUAGCUAAAAUUGCUAAAUAUAUUAUAUUUUGAAAGUAUUUCGCAAAUUAUAUAUGAGCAUUCAUAAUAAUGUAAAAUAAAUGAAACAAAAGUUUUGCAUACUAACCCUUGUAUGAAUUACUACUUUUAGAAAAAUUAAAAGUAACUUUAGUUAUAAACAAAUAUUGACUUGUUGCUUAAAUAUCUUUAUUUUUAAAUACUUGUAAUUGUCAAAAAUUCUAAGAUUGUGACAUUUUUCAAAAUUGUGUUGAUCAGCAUUAAAUAAAAUGUAUUUGCAAACAUUAAACGGCAAAUAACAAAAAUAUAAGAUAUACGUUUGCGAAAUCUCUCUAUACAAUUACCUAAAGUUUACAUAUUUAAAAUUGUUAUGCACAAAUUCUGUUUGACACAGCACUGUUAUUAAACCUACCUCAUGUUUUAUUAGAUUGAUAUUAAAAAUUAAUUUUAGAAUUUAGAAUGCAAGAUAUGAUUUGGUACAGACUGACAAACUAAUUAAAAUAUUUUAUAGAAACUAACAUUUCCACGGAAAAUGUCAAUCUGGAUUAAGAAAUUGGAAAAUAUACGAUUUUUAAUGAAACUUACUAUUGGAGAUUUCUCUUAAGACGGUUUGAGAAUAAACUCUUCAAUCUCGCAUUAAUUUGCAAUAUGUUACAUAAUGGAUGAAAGAAAUGGAUAUCGCGGAACUUGAAUUGCUCUCUGUUUGAUGUGCAAAAAGAAUAUUAUAAACUUUCUCUAUAAAAUUCUCUCUAACGACACGAGGAUGUGCCUCAAGUAUGACUCUUGGAAUUUAUGUCGAUCCGAUAGAAAGCAAAUCAUUAGGAUCAUCAUCAUCAUCAUUAUCAUAAUCAUUAUCUGCAAAUAAAUUGACCACAUCUUUCGGUAAUCAGACCGCGUCUUGUUUUUCACAAAAAAAAAGAUAAUCGAUAUGUUUCUUUCUCUUCUUUUCUAGUCUCGUCUUUGAACCUCUGUGUGGUGCUGUUAGCAAUUAAGCACUUUUAAGUGCGAGAGAAUUUUAUAUCCCGCGAAAGACUUCUCUCUACACAACAAGAAACGAGGGAUGGCGAAACAUUUAGCAAAAACUAUUAUAGAAUCCUAAGGCGUUUGCGAAAGUGAAAGAAAAAGAAAGAAAAAAGAAAAAAUACGAGCCGAGAGUGGCCGCGCGUUUUAUGGGGACAUGAACAUUUCAUUAUUAAAUCAAACUGUUGAAGACUGUGUGACACGCGCACAUUUUUUAUUUUGUCACGAAGAAAUUAUUAUAUUGCGAAAUUCGUAUGAUGGUCUUAGAAUGUCACUAUUCGACCGAGACGCUCUGUCCCCAUGAUUUUUAGAAUAAGUGGCGAAAUAAAGAUUACCCAAUACUCUGGAAACUAUACGAAUAAAGCUUACCAAUGAUUGUA